AUGACCGUUCUCGGCAAGCGCAAGGCCCCCGAGCCGCCGGUCUCGCGGGAAGACGCGAACGAAAUCUUCAGACGGCAUUUCGAGUCGCGGUUCGCCCCCAUAGAGGUCGAGAAGCGGCCGGUCGCCGACGAUGAUGGCGAAGACGAGGUCGACGACGGCGACGAUGAUAGCGAUGACGAGGCAGGCCCACGGCGGCCACGGCGCAGCGCAGGCAGCGACGAUGAUGAAGCAGAGUGGGGAGGUCUGUCGGAUGACGAGAUUUCGGACGAUGAGGACGACGUCCCGACUGUGGAGGUAGUAGAUCACUCGAGCUCGCAAACCCCGAAAGCGACUUCCAUGUCUAAACGCGAACUCAAAGCUUUCAUGUCCUCUCGACCGCCCGACCAGGCCGACCGGACCCAGCUCCAAUCCGCACAGCCAUCCGCAAACUCCUCCAACGCACUGCCCGAGGAUGCCCCCUCGCUCCUCGCGCAGGACCUCGAGCUCCGCCGCCUCCUCGCCGAAUCGCACCUCCUCUCUCGCAACACCCAGCCCUUGACGUCGCUCUCAGCCAACACCGUCGAGCCCAAGGCCUUUGCUGCGGGCCGCACUCGCCAGCGCGCCACCGACAUGCGCAUCCAGGCCCUCGGCUCCGCCCUCUCCAUCCACAAGCAGGAGAAGAUGCCCAUGAAGAUGCGCAAGGGCAUGGUCGCUGCCGCUGACGCCCGCGAGGCCAAGCGCAGGCGCGAGGCCAGGGAGAACGGCGUCAUUCUUGAGCGGGACACCUCCGGUAAGGGCAAGGGCAGGAGGAGGGAUCGCGGGAGGGAUGCGGCCGUAGAUCGACCGGGCGUGGGGAGGUUCAAGGGCGCGGAGCUGAGGCUGAGCGAGCACGAUGUCAAGAGGAUUGAAGGCGGGAGGGACACAUUUGGCAGAAGAUCAAAGAGGUGA